AUGCCUGCAAUGCCAACCAUCGAGAUACCAGACAACGACCACGACAUUUCUCCCGUCUCGUCGCCAUCUCUUUCGCGCGUCAACAGCCGGCACAGUGCUGUUUCAUCUCUGGAUAUUUCCCCCAUUUCUUCGCCUGUCUUUUCUCCAACCCAACUGUCGAGCUCUGGCCAUGGAGCUGCGACUUCAGAUACGGCAACAACCAACUCGUACGACCAUUCUUUUACCGACGCAGACGACUGGUUUGGCCGCUUCCGUGAAGAUCUAGACAUUUCUGAUGAAUGUCCUGAUCGCGGACAACUCGCUGUCGCUGGACAAGUCCCUGUAUACGAUGCCAACGGAAACUCGCGACUUUUCAGCACCUUCUUCACAGGUCUGGAUGCCAUUGGCGACAGACAGUUCAUCAUCUUUGUGCGACACUUUUACUGCGGCGUAAGUUGUAUUUCCACAAAAGCUGCGGAUGGAAAUCAUGUGCUAACCUUCUGUUCCUGCAGGNCCUGUCAAGCUUAUAUGAAAGCCAUUGCUGAGGCCAUCACCAUGCAGGCUUACUACACCAUGGCCGUUCCCACAAACAUCAUCGUCAUUGGCUGCGGCUCACCAUCAAUGAUCCCAUUCUACAAGCAGGCCACUGGCUGCCCCUUCCCCAUCUUUGCCGACCCUUCGCGCAAGCUCUACAAGGCCUUGGGCAUGACACUCACUCUGAACCUUGCCGGGCCCAAGAGACCGAAGUACAUGAAGGACAUCCCCUUCCAUAAAUGGCAGCUCGAGCAAUGGACAACAAUGGCAAAGCCGCCCAAAGGCAACUCGCGCUUCAAGGGUGGCAACUUGCUCCAAAUUGGUGGUGAAUUCUUGUUCCAAGAUGGCCAGGUCGUCUGGUGUCAUCGUAUGAAGAACAUGCGCGGCCACGCUGAGGUUGACGUUGUCAAGCGCAUCCUGGAGUUGGAGGACUGA